CCAGCAGGGCCGGCGAGGCCAGCGCGGCCGGCGGGCCUUCGGCGCUGCGCUCGGCCGCCAUGGCGGCGGUACUGCAGCAGGUCCUGGAGCGCGCCGAGCUCAGCAAGCUGCCCAAGGCCGUGCAGAGCAAGCUGGAGAAGUUCCUGGCCGACCAGCAGUCCGAGAUCGACGGGCUCAAGGGGCGGCACGAGAAGUUCAAGGUGGAGAGCGAACAACAGUACUUCGAGGUAGAGAAGAGGCUGUGCCACAGCCAGGAGCGGCUGGUGAAUGAAUCUCGCGAGUGCCAGGGUUUGCGGGCUGAGCUGGAGAAGCUCCACAAUCAGGUGAAGGUCCUGACGGAGCAGAACAGAGAGCUUCAGAGCGCUCAGGACCGCACCAGCGCCGUGCAGAACCAACUUACAAGAACAAAAGAGGAAUUAGAAGCUGAGAAAAGAGACUUAGUUAGAACCAAUGAAAGAUUGUCCCAAGAGCUUGAAUAUUUAACAGAGGAUGUUAAACGUCUGAAUGAAAAGCUGAAAGAAAGCAAUACAACAAAGGGUGAACUUCAGUUAAAACUGGACGAACUUCAAGCUUCUGAUGUUUCUGUUAAGUAUCGAGAAAAACGCUUGGAACAAGAAAAAGAAUUACUACAUAGUCAGAAUACGUGGCUGAAUGCAGAGCUGAAAACCAAAACUGAUGAGCUUCUGGCUCUUGGAAGAGAAAAAGGGAAUGAGAUCCUGGAACUCAAGUGUAAUCUUGAGAAUAAAAAAGAGGAGGUGUCCCGCCUGGAGGAGCAGAUGAAUGGUUUGAAGACCUCCAAUGAGCAUCUGCAGAAGCACGUGGAGGAUCUGUUGACGAAAUCCAAAGAGGCUAAGGAACAGCAAGCCAGCAUGGAAGAGAAAUUCCACAGUGAAUUAAAUGCUCACAUCAAACUCUCUAACUUGUAUAAGAGUGCUGCUGAUGACUCAGAAGCCAAGAGCAGUGAGCUAACCCGUGCCGUAGAUGAGCUACACAAACUGCUGAAAGAAGCAGGAGAAGCCAACAAGGCAGUACAAGAUCAUCUUCUGGAGGUAGAGGAGUCUAAAGAGCGAGUGGAAAAAGAAAUGCUAGAGAAAAUUGGAAAAUUGGAGAAAGAAUUAGAAAACGCAAAUGACCUCCUGUCUGCCACAAAGCGCAAAGGCGCUAUCCUGUCUGAGGAAGAGCUGGUGGCCAUGUCUCCCACUGCAGCAGCAGUAGCCAAGAUCGUGAAGCCUGGCAUGAAGUUAACCGAGCUAUAUAACGCAUACGUGGAAGCCCAGGACCAGCUGCUGUUAGAGAAACUGGAGAACAAAAGAAUUAAUAAAUAUCUGGAUGAAAUUGUGAAGGAAGUUGAAGCCAAAGCUCCCAUCCUGAAACGCCAGCGUGAGGAGUAUGAGCGUGCGCAGAAAGCUGUGGCCAGUCUCUCCGUGAAGCUCGAGCAGGCCAUGAAGGAGAUCCAGCGCUUGCAGGAGGACACGGACAAAGCCCGCAAGCACUCCUCCGUGCUCGAGAGAGACAACCAGAGGCUGGAGAUACAAGUCAAGGACCUCUCACAGCAGAUUAGAGUACUUUUGAUGGAACUUGAAGAAGCACGGGGUAACCACGUGAUUCGUGACGAAGAGGUGAGCUCCGCCGACAUCAGCAGUUCAUCUGAGGUGAUAUCCCAGCACCUCGUGUCCUACAGAAACAUUGAAGAGCUCCAGCAGCAAAAUCAGCGUCUCCUAGUGGCUCUUAGGGAACUUGGGGAGACCAGAGAGAGAGAGGAACAAGAAACGACCUCAUCCAAGAUCUCGGAACUUGAGCUGCAGCUGGAGAGCUCCCUCACGGAACUGGAGCAGCUGCGCGAGUCCCGACAGCAUCAGAUGCAGCUGGUGGAUUCCAUCGUCCGUCAGCGGGACAUGUACCGUAUUCUGUUGUCACAAACAACAGGAGUUGUCAUUCCUUUACAAGCAUCAAAUUUGGAAGAUAUUUCUCUUGUGUCAACCCCAAAACGGCCAGGUACGUCACAGACUGCUUCCACUCCUGCUCCAGUACCUGUGAUUGAAUCGACGGAGGCCGUGGAAGCGAAGGCUGCGCUCAAACAGUUGCAGGAAAUUUUUGAGAAUUAUAAGAAAGAGAAAGCAGAUAGCGAGAAAGUACAGAACGAACAGCUUGAGAAACUUCAAGAACAAGUUACAGAUUUACGAUCACAAAAUACCAAAAUUUCUACACAACUAGAUUUUGCAUCUAAGCGUUAUGAAAUGCUACAAGAUAAUGUUGAAGGAUAUCGUCGAGAAAUAACUUCCCUUCACGAGAGGAAUCAGAAACUGACCGCGACAACCCAAAAGCAGGAACAGAUCAUCAACACGAUGACUCAGGACCUGAGAGGAGCAAAUGAGAAGCUGGCGGUUGCUGAAGUAAGAGCUGAAAAUUUGAAGAAAGAAAAGGAAAUGCUCAAAUUAUCAGAAGUUCGGCUUUCCCAGCAAAGAGAGUCUCUGCUGGCUGAGCAGAGAGGGCAAAACCUGCUACUGACUAACCUGCAGACAAUCCAGGGAAUACUGGAGCGAUCUGAAACAGAAACCAAGCAGAGGCUUAGUAACCAGAUAGAGAAGCUGGAGCAGGAGGUCUCGCAUCUGAAGAAGAAGCUGGAGAAUGAGGUGGAACAGAAGCACAGUGUGACCAGGACCCUGGAUGUUCAACUUUUAGAUGCGAAGAGACAGCUGGAUACUGAGAUAAACCUUCAUGUGAACUCGAAAGAGCUGUUAAAAAAUGCUCAGAAGGAAAUUGCUACAUUGAAACAGCACCUCGGUAACAUGGAAGUCCAGCUUGCCUCUCAAUCCUCACAGAGAACUGGGAAAGGUCAGCCUAGUGAGAAGGAAGGUGUGGAUGACCUUGUCAGCCAGCUGAGGCAGGCGCAGGAGCAGGUGGGUGACCUGAGGGAGAGACUCAAGACAAGUACCAGUAACGUGGAGCAGUAUCGAGCAAUGGCUACCAGUUUAGAAGAAUCCCUGAACAAGGAGAAGCAGGUGACAGAAGAAGUACGUAAAAACAUUGAAGUUCGUUUAAAAGAAUCGGCUGAGUUUCAGACACAGUUGGAAAAGAAGUUGAUGGAAGUAGAGAAGGAAAAGCAAGAACUUCAGGAUGACAAGAGAAGAGCCAUAGAGAGCAUGGAGCAGCAGUUGUCUGAGUUGAAGAAAACACUUUCUAGCGUGCAGAAUGAAGUCCAGGAGGCUCUGCAGAGAGCCAGCACAGCUCUGAGCAACGAGCAGCAAGCCCGACGGGACUGUCAGGAGCAGGCUAAGAUGGCGGUGGAGGCCCAGAACAAAUACGAGAGGGAGCUGAUGCUGCAUGCUGCGGAUGUGGAGGCCCUGCAGGCCGCCAAGGAGCAGGUUUCCAAAAUGGCUGCAAUGCGCCAACAUUUGGAACAAACAGCCCAGAAGGCAGAAUCCCAGUUGUUGGAGUGUAAAGCAUCUUGGGAGGAAAGAGAGAGAAUGCUAAAGGAUGAAGUUUCUAAGUGUGUGUCUCGCUGUGAAGAUCUAGAGAAACAAAACCGAUUACUUCAUGAUCAGAUUGAAAACUUAAGUGACAAGGUUGUGGCCUCCAUGAAGGAGGGUGUGCAAGGCCCACUGAAUUUCUCUCUCAGUGAGGAAGGGAAAUCACAGGAACAAAUUUUAGAAAUUCUCAGAUUUAUACGAAGAGAAAAAGAAAUCGCUGAAACGAGGUUUGAGGUGGCUCAGGUGGAGAGUCUGCGUUAUCGACAGAGAGUUGAACUUCUGGAAAGAGAGCUACAGGAACUGCAGGACAGUCUGAAUGCCGAAAGGGAGAAGGUCCAGGUGACUGCAAAAACUAUGGCUCAGCAUGAAGAACUGAUGAAGAAAACAGAGACGAUGAAUGUCGUUAUGGAGACCAAUAAGAUGCUGAGAGAGGAGAAGGAGAGGCUGGAGCAGGAACUGCAGCAAAUGCAAGCAAAGGUCUGUGUGUGCCGAGUGCAGGCGCUCGCUGUCCUGAGGGUGUUAGCAAUGACUGUUACAACAUGUUGGCUCUACUUCCAGGUGCGCAAGCUGGAGCUGGACAUCCUACCCCUGCAAGAAGCGAAUGCUGAGCUCAGUGAGAAAAGUGGCAUGUUGCAAGCAGAGAAGAAGUUGCUAGAAGAGGAUGUCAAACGGUGGAAAGCACGUAACCAGCAUCUGAUAAAUCAGCAGAAAGAUCCAGAUACAGAAGAGUAUCGGAAGCUCCUUUCUGAGAAGGAAGUCCAUACAAAGCGGAUUCAGCAGCUGACUGAGGAGGUCGGCCGACUGAAGGCUGAAGUUGCCAGAUCAAAUGCAUCCUUGACUAACAACCAGAAUUUAAUCCAAAGUCUGAAGGAAGAUUUAAAUAAAGUAAAAACUGAAAAAGAAACCAUCCAGAAGGAUUUAGAUGCCAAAAUAAUUGAUAUCCAAGAAAAGGUCAAAACUAUUACUCAAGUCAAGAAGAUUGGACGCCGAUACAAGACUCAGUAUGAAGAACUCAAAGCCCAGCAGGAUAAGGCCGUGGAGACGUCAGCUCAGUCGUCAGGAGACCAUCAGGAGCAGCAGGUCUCAGCACAGGAGGUGCAGGAGCUCAAGGAAGCCCUCAGCCACGCUGAGGCCAAGGCCAAGUCCCUGGAGAGUCAAGUAGAGACUCUGCAGAAGACAUUGUCGGAGAAAGAGACGGAGGCAAGAAGUGUGCAGGAGCAGACGGCACAGCUGCAGUCGGAGCUGGCACGGCUGCGCCAGGACCUGCAGGAGCGGGCCACGCAGGAGGAACAGCUGCGGCAGCAGAUCACCGAGAAGGAGGAGAAGACCAGGAAGGCCAUUGUGGCAGCCAAGUCCAAGAUUGCACACUUAGCCGGUGUGAAAGAUCAGCUAACUAAAGAAAACGAGGAACUUAAACAAAGGAAUGGAGCCUUAGAUCAACAGAAAGAUGAGCUGGACGUGCGCAUGACUGCCUUGAAGUCCCAGUACGAAGGUCGGAUCAGCCGAUUGGAGAGAGAGCUCCGAGAGCACCAGGAGCGGCACCUUGAGCAGAGGGAUGAGCCCCCGGAGCCGACCAGCAAGGUCCCAGAGCAGCAGAGGCAGAUCACGUUGAAAACCACCCCGGCUUCUGGGGAAAGGGGGAUUGCCAGCACUUCAGACCCACCAACAGCCAAUAUUAAGCCGACUCCCGUUGUGUCUACUCCAAGUAAAGUAACAGCUGCAGCUAUGGCUGGGAAUAAGUCAACACCGAGAGCUAGCAUCCGCCCAAUGGUCACACCUGCGACUGUGACAAACCCCACAACCACCCCGACGGCCACAGUGAUGCCCACCACACAGGUGGAAUCGCAGGAAGCUAUGCAGUCCGAAGGGCCUGUGGAGCAUGUCCCGGUGUUUGGAAGCACUAGUGGAUCUGUCCGUUCUACAAGUCCUAAUGUCCAGCCUUCCAUCUCUCAGCCCAUCUUGACUGUUCAGCAGCAGACACAGGCCACGGCUUUUGUGCAGCCUACCCAGCAGAGUCAUGCUCAGAUUGAGCCUGCAAAUCAGGAGCUCUCCCCCAGCAUAGUGGAGGUUGUUCAGAGUUCACCGGUCGAGCGGCCUUCUACCUCUACAGCAGUGUUUGGGACUGUUUCAGCCACUCCAAGUUCUUCUUUGCCAAAACGCACACGAGAGGAAGAGGAAGAGAAUGCCGUGGAAGCAUCGGAGCAAGUCUCUGAGGACACGGUGGAGAUGCCUCUUCCCAAGAAGCUCAGGAGUGUGACCCCCGUGGGGACCGAGGAAGAAGUUGUGGCAGAGGAAAGCACCGACGGAGAGGCAGAGGCGCCAGCUUACAACCAGGACUCUCAGGAUUCCAUUGGAGAAGGAGUCACGCAGGGGGAUUACACGCCUAUGGAGGACAGUGAGGAGACCUCGCAGUCUCUGCAGAUGGCGCUGGGGCCCCUGCAGUCAGACCAGCAGACCACAGCUUCAUCCCAGGACGGCCAGGGCAAAGGGGAUGACGUCAUCGUGAUUGACAGCGACGACGAAGAGGAGGAGGAGGAUGAAAACGACGGGGAGCAUGAGGAUUAUGAAGAAGACGAAGAAGAUGAUGAUGAAGACGAGGAUGACACGGGGAUGGGAGACGAGGGUGAAGACAGUAACGAGGGAACUGGCAGUGCAGAUGGUAACGACGGCUAUGAAGCCGACGAGGCCGAGGGUGGUGAGGGGACCGAUCCAGGCACGGAAACAGAAGAAAGUAUGGGUGGAGGAGAGAGUAACCAGAGAGCUGCUGAUUCACAAAACGGUGGUGAUGGAAGUACAGGGCCGGCGGAGUCUUUUUCCCAGGAGAUUUCCAGAGACCAGCAGCCAUCAUCAGCAUCUGAAAGACAAGCCCCUCGAGCACCCCAGUCCCCAAGGCGCCCACCGCACCCCCUGCCUCCUCGGCUGACCAUUCAUGCGCCACCACAGGAGCUUGGCCCACCAGUGCAGAGAGUUCAGAUGGCACGGCGGCAGUCUGUCGGGCGCGGGCUUCAGCUGACUCCAGGGACAGGCGGCACGCAGCAGCACUUCUUCGAUGACGAAGACAGAACAGUCCCAAGUACUCCAACUCUCGUGGUGCCGCAUCGCACUGACGGGUUUGCGGAGGCCAUCCAUUCCCCCCAGGUUGCUGGUGUUCCUCGGUUCCGGUUUGGGCCACCUGAAGACAUGCCACAGACCAGUUCCAGUCACUCCGAUCUUGGCCAGCUUGCUUCUCAAGGAGGUCUGGGGAUGUAUGAGACCCCCCUUUUCCUGGCUCACGAAGAGGAGUCGGGUGGCCGAAGCGUUCCCACUACUCCUCUGCAAGUGGCUGCCCCUGUGACUGUGUUUACUGAGAGUGCUACAUCGGAUGCCUCCGAGCACGCCUCGCAGUCCGUUCCCAUGGUGACCACAUCCACUGGAGCUUUAUCCACCACAAAUGACACUGCCGCGGGGGAUGACGGAGAUGAAGUGUUUGUGGAGGCAGAAUCUGAAGGUAUUAGUUCAGAAGCUGGCCUGGAAAUUGACAGCCAGCAAGAAGAAGAGCCUGUCCAGGCCUCUGAUGAGUCGGAUCUUCCAUCCACCAGCCAGGACCCUCCGUCCAGCUCUUCUGUAGACACCAGCAGCAGUCAACCAAAGCCUUUCCGAAGGGUGAGACUUCAGACAACGCUAAGACAAGGUGUGCGUGGGCGUCAGUUUAACAGACAAAGAGGUGUGAGCCACGCAAUGGGAGGAAGAGGAGGACUCAAUAGAGGAAAUAUUAAUUAAAUGGUCGUAAACUCUGAAUAAGAUCAUCGAAUCUGUUCAAUGUAAUAAUUGUCAAGUCGAAGAACAUGUUUAUAUUUAAAUUAGUAUGCUUGUCUCAACAUGCUUUAUUAAUAAAAUGUAUUUCGGUGU